CCGAUUUAUUCAAAUGUUAUCACUUAUAUAUUUAGUGCAGUCAUAUUAUUUUCAAUAAAUUAAUAUAAGGUAUUGAAAUAUUUAAUAUAGAUAGUUUAAUAUUUUAAACUAUAAUUUUUUAGAUUUAUUCUUUAUAAAAAAAUCUAGUCCAACCUAACUGUACGGUUUCCAGUAGAUUAGACAAAAAUUAAACUCACUUACAACCAUAGUUAGUCACGAAGUUCUUUUAGAUUUUCGUGUUACACAAAUCACGAAAUCAUAAAUAAGUAUUAGGUACUGAUUCAAAAUCCUGAAGGAACAUGGCUGAAGGAUGGAAAUAUUGAAAUUUGAAAACAAUAUAGAAAUUAACGCCAAUGUUUCCGUAUAAGUAUUUAGUAUGUAGUUACAAUUAAAUUAGAAAUGUAUGGCGGGUGGUGGUAACAGUGUUGUUUUUACGCAGGGCGGACCGGACAACUCAUCAAAAAGUAGUCGUUUUGCGCGCUAAUGGACCGAAAAACUGAAACGUGGAAGUGUAACAUGGUUCCCUGGCGAAAGAGUGAAAAAAACGACCGGUCGCCGGCAAUUAUGAGACGAGGGAGAGUUCUCGAAGGGAGGUGUCUGACGGUGGCAUUCUGCCGCCAAAAACAUUGUGAGAUAGGAUGAAAGAAAAAGAAAAAAAUUACCUCCGUGUAUCGCAAUAGUCAUAUGUUUUUUAACGGAAUGCCAUUUGCCGACGCCACCGCCGCCGCCACACCGUGCGGAUUUUUGUUGGCGGGGAGUGGCCGGCGAGGGAUUCGGCGACCGCUUACCAGGUAGCAGGUAUAAUCGUUGCCCUCCGUGCGACGACAGCGAUUCGUAUCACACGCACACGCACGCACCCAUAAGACACGCGUUUUUUAUGCUUAUACCCUUUCAGAUUACACGAAAACCAUUCCUUUCGUAGUUUCGGUGACAAAACAUAAUAAUAAAUACCUAUUAUAUAAAUAAUUAUUAUAUAUAUAUAUGUAUAUAUAUAUUUAUAUGUGUAUAUUUAUAUAUAUAUAAUAAUAUAUAUCAGCUAUUAGGUGGGUAUAUAAUAUAUUUGUUUAAUUUUUUCUUUCCCUCCAAUCGCUUUCGAUCCUGCAAAACAGGAGAGAAGCAUGCGGAUCGCUUAGCAUCAUUUUAUUCGCAAUAACAAUAUAAGUGUUUUUUUUUUUUUUUUCAUACCUCGCCCGUCGUACGUUUCCGUCGUUGCUUCGUCAUUGUGUAGUGUGUACACCUCGCCACUCAGUUCGGUAUCGUCUAACCGGACACAACAUUGGAAGUGGACCGAUAAAUAAAAAUUAUUAGACACAAAUAUCAUAACCGUUUUGCCGGACGAACCGAACACUUACCGUUCGCCGCCCAUCGCCAGAUAACCAGUUCGAUUAUUUAAUCGAGGCCAUUAUCGCCGUUGGCUACAAAGUGAAGAUUUGUGCAGAUUAUUUUGAUUUUUAUUAUUAUUUUAAUUUAUCGAUCUAAUAACAAUGUCCGACGAUAAAUAUAUUGGUCACCGGAUCCAAAGUUUCAAGCACCGAGGCAAAACAGAAAUCGUAAGUUAUAUAACAUUUUAUAUAUCAAGGUUUAUAUCCACUGUUGUGAUAAAUGCUAUGUAUUUAGAUACCUACACAUGAAUAGGUACUGCCCCUAAUUUAAUAGAAAAAUUUUAGUGUGUAGUUUACAACUUGCACUGUGUGAAAAUCUUAUUAGUCAAAACUAUCAUUGUAUGCCCUAAAUAAAAACUCUAUCUUAUAUUUUUUGAAUAGAUGUCUUUACAAUCUUUUGGCUUGCCGUUGCAUGUAAACAAUGUAACUAAAAAAGUACUUGAUUCUCUGUAUAGUAUCAGUUAGAAUCUAACCAUUAAAAUUGUUAGAGAAAUGAAAACUUGUCUCAUUUAAAUUAUUUCUUGCUUCUAAGUUAGAUUCCUUUAUUCUUAAAAUCUUAAUUUGAUGAUAUUCUCUGGUAUACUAUCGAUACACUAUUCUUUUCUUGUUCUAUAGUUUAUUAAGAACCUUUUGUAGUUGUUAUAAAACCUCCACAAUUCUAUCCUUUCUUUACUUAUUCUUUGGCUUCUUUGUCUCUUAAUUAAAUUCUAACAAAAUUUCAACUAUUUGUGGCCUUUAUUAUUUCUGUUUUCUCUUCUAUAAUAUAUUAAAUAGAUACCUAUUUUAAAUUGUUUACCACUAAUACAGAUUUGUACUAAGGGGAGGGGACAAUUUCCUCUAGGCACCAUAUUUUUAUAAAAGAAAGGGGUCACCUUUAUUUGAGCUUAAUAUACUACCUUUGGCCCCUAGGACAAAAUAUGUUAUUAUUUUUUAAAAUCUAAACAAAACUAUCUACAAUAUUCAAAAGUUAUAAUUAUUUAUCAAUAUUUUUGACAUUUGUUUUUCAAUUGGUUCUUCAAACACAGGUUUUCUUUAAACUUAAAAUAUUUGAUUAACUUUGGAUUAAUUUCCUUAAGCGCAUGACUCAUUACUUUUGGGUAUUUUUAAUUUGAUUUAUUCCCUAUUACACAUGACUAAUUUAUUCUUUUAUUCUUUUGAACAACACUUUAAAGUAAUAAGUAAAACCUUUUACUCAAUGUAUUAUUAAUAAUUAUUAUAAUUAUAUUAUAUUAGGAGCUGUUUAUUUUAAAACUGUGGCAUAGCCGUUAUAACUUUUAUUAAAUUUGUAAAUAAAAUUAUAUUAAUUUGUAUUUAUCUAAGGACUAAGAUAGUAAAAUACAACUACUAUAUUAUUUACUAACUCAGUAUUAAUUACUAGGCUAAAAUAAACAUUAUAUAACCAAUAACUCCACUCAGAAUCAAAAAUAAAUAUUGAAACAAGAAUAUUAAAUAAAAAUUAUAGUUAGAUAUCAAUCAAUCUUCUUUCUCAGAAUUAAGUAUAGGGUCCUCUACUUGGUUUUCUACUUGUAUAAACUAAAGGUAUAUAUUUUAACAAAAACAGUAAAUUUUUCUUUCUUUAAUACUGAAAUGUUAAGAGUAUUUUCAUUACAAAUAGGAAUUGUUUGGUUUUCAGUUGUAUUCACUCUCAUUGUGAACUUAACCUUCCUCAACAGGAAAUUGGUUUUACCAUAUAUAUCACAUGGAAGUUUCUAUUAACAGCUAAAGUGUUUUUGUAGUAUAUUUGAAAUGGGCCUUUUUUCUUAAAUUCAAACCAUUAAAUUGAUCCUCACACAAUUUUAUCUCCAUUUUAAUUUUGUCUUUUCAUCAUAAAUGUUUUUGAUUUGUAAACAUUUUUAAAGUCAUUGAAAUCUUCUCUUUCCAUUUCUAUUAUUUUAAAUUAAGCUUUGUUUCCUGUCAUUCUUAUAAGUUCGGCCUAUGUGCUUAUUUUUUUUUCAAUUUGAGCAGUCACAUUCCAUCUGGGUGUGUUCAGGAGCAGACAAUUUGUGUUCCAAGACUUGCAUGGAAGUGAAUACCAAAGAUAAACCAAGAAAAAAUAUUAUAGAAUAUUGUUUGGUAUUUUUAUAUAUUAGUAGUAAUAAUUAAUUUAUCAAUAUUUUUAAUUAAAAUAAAUUAACAAUUAUUUACAAUAAAUAUUGCACAUUAUAUUUUAGUUAGUUUUCGUGAUGUGUGGUAAUAUGGUGUCCCGUGUAGGUGUAUAUAAUAAGAAAAAAAAUUAGUAGUUAUAUUGUAGGGAAGGGGUACUGAAUUACUUGACACCGCUCUGGGCACUACAGUAGUGUAACAAGUUAUUUUUAAUUUAUUAUUUGUAUCAAUAAUAUUAAUUUUAAAUAAUUAUUAAUUAUCUCAACUAAUUUACACCAAAAUUGUCUAAUAAUUCAUUCAAUGGGGUGGAAUCUAUGACUGCCUAUAGCCACCUUAAAGAUUUUUUCUAUUAAUAUUUCAUUUACUUACCUAAUCUAUAAAAAUUCUGAGUGAGUGAAAAUUUGUAGGUAUUACUAAGUACAAUAACAAAUUAAAAAAAACAAUUUGCAAAUAAUUAAUAAAAUUCAAAUUGCAUGGGGAGUGCUAUAUUGAGCAUAUACAUAUUAUAUAGCUAUAUAUUGAAGCUAAAAAUGAGUUUUAUGCUAAUAUGUUUAAACAAAAGUAUAAUCAUUCUAGAAAUUAAACAUUUCUACACAUAUUUAUUUUAGCUAAGUUACAUUAGUUACAUAGUAAAUUAAGAAGAAUUAAUGAGAAUUAUGACUAUGAGAGGUAGAGUACAGCAAACAGAUUGUAAUUACAGAUGUUGUAUAUAUAAAGGUAUAUUAUAUAUAGAAGAGAUUUGGUUACAGGAUAGUUGUUCGAAAUAUUAUAAAACAUUUGUCAUUUAUAUAAUUGCCGACCUUCAGUUAUGCCAACACCAAUGGUGUAGCCAGGAUUUCUCAAUAGAAGGGGGGGGCAAUAAAAAAACCUUAUGAAAAAUAAUUUGUUUUAUCUUCACUAAUUUGUGUACUUAUUAUAUGACCAGAUAAAAUUCUGAAUACAUCCUGUUGAAAUUAAUAAAAUAUUUAACAAUUCUUCAUUUAUAAUAAUUUAUUGCAAACAACUUGGAUACUUUGGAAAAAGCUCUGUGCAGUAUUGAAUUGCUUCUACAGCAGUCUCUGGUAAAUUUUCUUUCAAUUGCCAUUGCUUCUUCAUAUGAAUAAUUCUGAUUUUAUACUAAUUAAAAUGUCAUUUUUGUAAAUAUAAUUUAUUUGUGCAAGCAAACAGUUCGCCCUACACGACUGAUUUAAACCAAAAAAAAAAAAAAAAAUGAGUACCUAGAUACUCAUUUAUUACAAACAAAUGUUUCUCAUAAAAUAUGUUAUUUUAACAUAUUAUAAAAUUAUUAAAAAUUCAAAAAAUAAAUAAAUUUGUUAACAUAAACAUAAGCAUAAGUACAAAAGGAUCAAAUUCUUUCUAAAUUGUAUAUGAAAUUAUACUUUGAAAUAAAUUUAGAAACCAAGAACGUAACACAUAAACUAGCUUUCCUAAUUUUUUAAGUUUUAUUUAAAUUUCCUCAUGGAGCUUAAUAUCAUUCCCAUUACUAAUAGUUUCAUAAGAUUCUACCUUUAAUUAUCUAAUAUAGUGCCGGCCAAUAUGGAUACCUAUAGGUUGAGUUCAGUCAGCUAUAAUUUAUUAUUAUUUAAUAUUUAUUCGUACCACAAUAUUAAUUUAUAUUCUAGUACUUAUUUACAUAUUUAUCUAUUUAUACAUUAUAUAUUUUACAUCUGUUUAUAAUAAAAAAAAAAAGUAAAAAAAGUUUGACCCUCACUGAUCUAAUGAAAUAAAAAAAAUGUAUGUAAGUACAGCCAAGUUAAUGGCAGUUAAAGAUUUUAUAUUUUGAACAAAGGUGGAGAAAUUAAAAUAAAUAAAUCAAAAAUUAAUUUUAUUUAGGCAUGGAUAUAGAUGAAAAUUAAUUUUAAAAAAAAACAAAAAUGUUAGUAUUUGAUAAAAUCAAUUGAUACCUAUACUAAUUUCUUAUUAAAAAAAAUUUAAAAUUAUAAAUUUUUAUCACAUAUUUAAUUGUGUGUAUAUGUUAAUUAUUAUAUACUAAAACAUAUUUAAGAAAAAUGAUUAAUUCAAUUAUAUAUAUUUGUAUAUUAUAGGAAAGAAGACGAAUUAGAAGUGAAUUAUCUAUGGGAAUACGGAAAAAUAAACAAGAACAAGAAUUAAUGAAACGUAGAAAUGUCGCUGAAGCUUUGUCAAGUUGGUGAACUAGUAAUUAUUUUGUUUUGAAAAAGGAAUUAUGUACCUUAUUUUGCUUUCAGCUGAUGUAGAUAUAGAUAAACCUUUAACUGACAAUGACCUGCAGUCUUUAGUGGAUGAAGCUAGUAGUAAUAUUCCAGAUAUACAACUUAAAGCCAUACAGUCAGCUAGAAAACUACUUUCAUCUGACCGAAAUCCACCAAUAGAUGAACUUAUAAAUAGCGAAAUACUACCUAUAUUGGUUCGUUGUUUAGAUAACCAUAAUAAGUGAGUUUAAUUAUUUAUUUUGUUUAUAUUACAGUGAUAACAAUAUUAUUUUAUCUAUAUAUAUAAAUAAAACUAAAGUAUCUAUUAAUUCCUGUCUAAUCUCUGAAAUUACUGAACUAAUUUGAUAAGAUUACUAAUUUGAACUAAUUUGAUAACUGGUAACUCCAAAAUAACCAAAAUAAACAUAACCAUAAAAUAUAUAUUUAUAAUAUUCACUAUAUAGUAUACAUCAUAGAACAAAUAGAUUCCAUACAUAGUUAGAUAGUCAGAUAGUUUUACAAAUCUUUUAGUUUACUACAUAAUAUGAUAAAUUUGUUUUCAAUCUGAUAUACCUAAAUAGCUAAAUUAUAACUAUAUCAUGAAUAUAAUGUUGGUUAUGCCUACUGGUCUGGCCUAACUACUGUCAAUGUCAUGGCUCAGCCCAGUCCCAUUUCUGUGAACUGCUGAAUUUUAUGAUGAUAAUUAUCUUUUUCUCGUCAUUGACAUCACAACUCUUAAAGAGUUUUUGCUGCCACUGACACCUUUCACUCUUCUCGAUUCUAUACUCUUUUUUUUUUUUUGAUUAUAAUAGUAAUUAAUAAUUUCACCUUCCCAUUGACUGUAUACUAAUGGACUAGUUAUCUGUAAGUGAAAACAAUGUAGCCCGUCUAAACAGAGGGUGUAGCAUAUUUACAAUUAUUAUUGUAGACAGCGUUAAACUAUGUAGAGUAUUUAUCCACAAUGUUUAAGCUUAUCAACGUAAAUAAUACAUAAAUAUUAUUAUUGUAGUACAUGAUAUAAGUACUAUACUAUUUACAUAAUCAUGCAAACCGGGAGGGGGGGCACUGAACUAAUCUAUUGGUUUUAAUGUGAUAUGUAUUUUUGUAUUUUUUUUUUUCUAAUUUUCUGUCUGUGAACAACUUUUCUACCAGAAAACUUGCUGUGAAGUAUAAAUUGUAGGACUUUUUCUGUAAAUUAAUUUUCUCUAGUUGUAUUGAGGAAUUCAUUUUUUGAUUUUCUGAGGGGUUUUGAAGAAAUUUGAAAAAACUCGAAAGAAAAGUAUGCAGGUAAAACGGCAAAUAUUUACAACACCUCUUUUCAUUGUUUUUAUUACGUUAACACAGUGUUUUCUAUCAAAAGUAUUUCUACAAUCUAUAAAUGACAAAAGAUGGAUUUUAUUCCAUAUAAUAUUUCGCUACUGACAACCUUAGUGAUUUUUGAUAUCUAAAGUAUGUUUCAUAAUACUUGAAAAAACCAAAAACACGAAAUAUACUAUUUCAUUAUUUUACAUUUUUAUGGCUCAUGUUUUUUAUUAUAAAUAUUUCUCCAAUAAAAAACAAUCUAGAGAUCUUUAUUGUUGAAUUUGUAAUCUAGUUGUUGAAUAAGAAAAUGGGUUUUUUUUUUUUCUUUAUAGUUUUUUUAGUAAUUGAGCAAAAUAAACAAAAAAAUGCGAAAAGUCCAGAAAAAUGUUCUGAAAUAAUUUUUUUAUUAUUUUCAAUUUUGCUUUUUUAUUUUAAUUCAGUUAGAAAUGUUCAUAGAGACUUAAAAUUAUGACAUUAAACUUAUAUUUGCAAUUUCUAGACAUGGUAACAUUUUCAAAAUAUUUGAUCCAUUUUUGAACUAAUUAUUGACAUUUUAAUUUUGCGAGUUUUGUAUUUAAUUUUUAUUAAGUAGAGGUACUCUGUGGAUAUAAUUGUUAGACUAAACAGAAAUACUUUAAAAUUUAACGAAAGGUUUUAUAAAUAUUAUACUUUGUAGUCAAAAAAAAAUCGGAGCUUUAUGUAGUAUUUUUUUAUAAAGAGAUUUUAAUAUUAAAUUUUGACAAAAAUUGUAAAUAUUUGUUCAUAUAAAUAACUUUCAAAACACGUAUAAUCAAAUUUUACUCAGAAUCGUUUUUCAUUUCGUUAAUCAUUGGUUACAGGUUUUUAUAAAUUAAACAACUUAUGUUUCUCACCUUCCCCCCACUAAUUACCUUCAACAGAAGACUGCACCCAUCACUAGUAUUAACGUUUUUUUUUACUUUUUUAAUUAUAAAAGCCAUUUGAUGAUGAUUACAAUUUAAUAAGUAGUAAUCUUAAUUUAGAUAAUUAUUUAUGUAUAAAAUACGCCCCAAUAACUUCAGUGGAUGUAGAACAAUAAUUUUCUGUGUACAUAAAUAUUUUGAGCCCAAAACCUUCAACUUUUUACUAAAUACAAUUUAUUUUUAAUACAAACUAGUUAAAUCAACUGAAAUCUAUUUAAUUUUUAGUAAAUUUUGUAAUUGCUUUUUGUAAAAAAAAAAAAAAAAAAUGUUUUAUUGAUAUUAUUGCCUUUUAAACAAUAACACUUAAUGUUAAAAUACUCUUGUCAACUUAAAAUUAAUUGGAACAGAUUUCGAUAUCUCAAAUUUUCUUAUCUAAAUUUAGUACUGAAUAUAUAUAGUUUAUCACUGCGAUUAUUUUUCACUUAUGACUUAAUUCGUAAAACCAAACCAUUACAGUCCACCAUCAGUAAUUUGAACCUUGAUAAUUGCAUAUACAGAUUAGAUAAAUAAUUUAAUAGAUUUCAGUUUUAGUUCUUUGCUGUCUGUUGGGUUAAUCGUGCACCGUGUGACGGUGUAUUAUGGCUCAAAAAAGAAAACUAACAACAUUAUCACUUGCAAAAAAAGUGAAUUUACUUAAAAUUAUUGAAAAGGGCAAAAAGAAAAAACAAGAUAUAGCCAAGGAAUUUCGGAUUCCAGCAAGUACGUUGUCUACAAUAAUAAAAAAUAAAGAUGUAAUUUUAAAAAACUUCAAUCAAAACUUGGCAACUCUCAAAAAUAUUAAACUAGGAGAAUACUCUGAUAUAGAAUCCUGUUUAUUAAAACGAUUUCAGCAAUAUCUUGACAAAAAAAAAAUAUAAUAGAGAACAAUGUUUUAAAUAAAACUAAACAAUUAACUUUACACCAAUUCUUCAAAAAUAAUAUGUAGGUAUGUAUUUUUUUUAUUAUUAUUUCUUUAAUGUAAACUACUAAAUUAAUUUAAACUUUUUUUAAAAAAAAAAAUAUAAUGUUUUAAUAAUUCGAAAUUUUUAGUAAGUCAAUUUUUUUUUUCUUGUGAAUUUCAAGUUAGAGAGUAUAUUCUGUAUUUUAUUGUAUAUUCUGCGUCUCCUGCCAGCAAGAUUUGCACACACCAAUGCGUAUUUAUCUAUCUAGAAGCAUUAUUCAAUAUUAAUUAUCUGUUAUAUUUUUAUUUAUUAUUAAUUUUAAUUCAAUUUCAUAUACGCUAAUAUUAUAGAAACUAAAAAAAAUUAAUGAAAUCCAGUAGGUACAUAACAUUAUAAUGUAAUUUUAUUAAAACAUUGAAAAAAAUUAUUUCAAAUUUUAAAAACAUAAAUUAAUCAAAUAUAAAGUCACCCUACAUAACUGAUAUAAAUUAUCAUAUUAUUAUAUUGAUGUAUGAUAUUUAAUACCAUAGUAGAUGAUACUGUCAGUGAAAACAUCCUACAAAAAAAAUUGUGUACAAUACCAUAAACUGGUAAAUGAGUAAAUCCUCUCUAUCUUUUCACUCACUCACUGUAUGCAGUUCUAGUCUAUUAACAUAAAGUCAAUGGAUCUUCCCAAAUGAAAAUAAAAGAAACUCCGAGUCUCUCAAAAUAAAUUUUUGAAAAUAUCAUCUAAUAAACUUGAGGCCCUUUAGAUUUUGAACAUAGAAAGAAAUGUAUUUAUUUAUAUAUAUAUAUAUAUAUAUACAUAUACUGUAGACAAAAUUUCUACCAGGAAUCUAGCUUUGAUUUUCAAGUGUAACACCAUUUUUGAAUUUAUGUCCUAACAAUUUAAUGAUUUUACAUUUUUUAAAUUUAUAUUUUCUAGUAAAAAAUUUGUUUCAAUAAAAAAUGACUAGAGAUCAUUGUUGUAUUUUUAAUUUAGUUGGUGAGUAAGAAACUUGUUUUUUGAUUUUUCAAGUAGCAUUUUCAAUUUUAUUUUUUAAAUUCUGAAUUUUUUUUUUAUGUUAACAUUUUUUCUACCAGAAAGCUUAUUCCGAUUUUUCAAAUAAAGCACUUUUUCUGAAAAAAAAAAAUGUUCUCUGUGUGGUACAUAGGGUACCUCAUUUUUUGAAAUUCUCAUUAAUAUUCAAGAUAAUGAGAAAACUUGGUUCUUAGAUUAAAUAAAAUUAUAAAAUUCAAAAUAAGGUUGUUAUUGGCAACAGUUUUUAUUUAUGUUUUGUUAUUAUUAAGGUUUUAUUAUUUUAAAUCUUUUUUAAACAAUCAUUAUUGUCAUGGAAACUCAUUGUAAUAAUUUUACCAUAGUAUGACAUAAUAUUUAUUGUUGACAAAGCUACACUAUUAACUGAACUCUGCUCAAAAUCAUUUUUUCAUUAGCAAUGGUUUAUCAUUGCUUAGAGAUAUACAUUAAAUUCCCACCUGUAUCCUACCUUCCAAACUUCUAAACUACAACAGUGACCCACCCACUGUGCAAAGUGUUUUUCAUUAUUAUUAUUAUGGUUAUAAUUUGUUAUAUAUUUAAUAUUUCGUAAAGUAAUUUGCAUUUUAGAUUUAUAUUUUAUUUUUCUUCUUCUUUGUUCUAGGCUGUAGACACGUUUUUUCCUAGUAAACUUGCUCUGAUUUUUACAUAUAGCAACUUUUCUAAAAGCUUAAUAUCUGAAGUUGUCUAGAUCGUACUUUAGAGAGGUCAUUUUUUGACGCUAUUUUUAAAUAAAAAUACUGAAGUGGGAAAAACGUAGAAAACGUACAAAUUCACGAUUUCAUUAUUUUAUAAAAACACAGAUGAUGUUUUCUACUAGAAAAAAUGAAUUAAUCGAAAAAUCACAAGAUACCUUUUUUGUUGCCUUCUAAAUUUACUUUCUUACGGUAUCAUCACCAAAGCCACUAUUGAGUUUUAAAAGAAUUUUAAUUUUUAAAAGUUUUUUUUGCUGUAAUUCGGUUAUAAAUACAAGUAGAAACUUGAAACUUGGUAAUAAUACUUAUAUUGAACUUACCUAGACGUGGUAAAAUUUCCAAAAUCAUUAGAUGACUUUUUUUUUUAAAUAUGCGUGUUGAAAUCAAAUUUAAACGAAAAUCGCAAAAAAAAUUACGGCACUUCAAAUUAUGUAUUACCGAACUGCGUUCAGAAUCGUCUUUCGCCAGCAAUGGUUUAUCGUUGCUUGCUGAUGUAAAUGAAAUAACCUUAUGUAACCUACCUUCCCAACUUCUCAUCUACAGCAGUGGUCACUCCCCAAUAUCAAUUUUUUAUUUACAAUUUUGGGAAAUAUAAACUUUUUGAAUCAUUAAAAAUGCCCAGAUUUUUUCAUGUCAUUCCUUUAAACAUGCCGUUUUAAUUGAUUUUACUUACUUAGUACUUUGUUUGAAAACGUUUUUAAAAAUUCCUAAUAAUUUUUCUAAAAAAAUUUUUUUAAGUUAUUUUUAAAAACAUAUUUUGUUAGUCUAAUGAUUUAAUUUUCCACAUAAUAUCAAUAAAGAAAUAGAUUUUAUUUUUUUUGAAAAAUCAUAUAUAGAACAUUUUUUGUGGGGUUUUGUUUGAAUGCACAUUCUUGAACUACUAACAAUAUUUGAUUAUGGAACUAAAUUAUUUUUUUACACAUAAAAUAUUUUUUACGCAAAGUAAGUUUGUUACUAAAGAAAUUAUGAUAAGAUCACUGUCCCUGGUAUCUUAUUGUUAAGCAUUACUUAGUUAUAGUUUUGUGUAGUAACCACUAACAUUUACUGUCCAUAAUGGAUUACUCCAAACAAAUUUUCUUAAUUGCAAGACAUUUAAUACUAUAGUCAGUGGUUCCCAAUUUUUUUUUUUUUUUUUUGACUAAAUUCAGCCAAGGUGCCCUUUCGUGAAUAUCACAAUGCAAUACAUAAAAAAUCAACACUGAUUGUCAAUGAUAAUUAGUUUUUAUAAAUUUACUGAGUAUAAUAAAAUAUAGACAUUCUAAACAUCUUCAAACUAUUUAGUACAUUUUUUUUUUGUAUAAAAUUCAAUUUGAAUUUAACAAAAAUUUAAAAAAAGAAAUUAUAACAAAUUAUAAAUAUUUUUCGUGAGUCAUGGUAUUCCUGAAAAGUACUUGCGGUACACAGUUUAGGAACCACUGCUAUAGUUGAUAUAUACUUGGCUCAUUUCUAAUCUGUAAAAUAUCCUGUAUAUUAGAAAAUUGAAUCCAUUCUUUUAAAAUCGCUGACUGGUUCAGCGCCUCAACCACAAAUUUAAUAGCUUAAUAGAGAUUUAGAUAGUCAUUAUCAAAUAGUAGAACCUAGUUGUGAAAAAAUAAAAAUUACCUGCGACAGUUUCAAGUUUAUGUUUGGCUAGUAUACACAAAUUAAUUUUUAAAAGAUUGAUAAAUCUUAGUAUGUAGUAAUUAAACUAUCAUUUAUAAUACCUUUGUAGAUAUAAUGAUAAAGAUCUACAUAGUAGAUCAACUAUUAAUAUAAAUUCCCCCUCCCAGACUAAAUUUUUUGAUAGCCUAUAGUUUUUUAUUAAAUAAUUGAUUGCUUUACUCAAAUGCUUUUCUUGAUUUGUUUGCAGCCAUUUCAUGAGUAUAUCUCAUGUUUAGCACAUACAUGUUUUGAAAUAUUUAUGAUUUAUGUAAAAAAUUUCAUAUCAAAACUUAUAAAAAAAAAUAAUAACUUAUUCUACUCAACUUUUUUUUUAACCACUAAGUACAACUUCUAAUAUAACUAAUAACUUAUACAACUUAUAACCUUUUAUUAAACUAUUUUAUUCAUAGAGUACUAAAAACUACAUAAAAAAUUUGCAGUCUUAAAAUGCCUAUAAAAAGCAUAUAUAAGUUUUCUGUCAAAAUGUUAAACCUUUUUGAUUAUUUUUAUUUUCCCAUUGUUUUCAAUUUUUAUUUUGAUUUUUUUAAAAAAAAAUAAAACUACCGAAAAUCAAAAUUGAGUUUCUUAAAUACCAAUAAGAUUAAAAGUACAACAAAAAGGUGUCUUGUCUUUUUUUGAAUAGAGCAAUAUUUCUGGUUUUUAAAUCUGAUAAAAAACAUCAUAAAACAUACAAAUUUAAAAUAAUAAAAUUGUAAUACCAUAAAUUUAUCAGUUUUCUGUUUUUCGAUUCGUCCCAAUUAUAAUGAAAACUACUAAAAAAAACUGAUGCUCCAACCAAAUAAACUUUCCUUUUAGAAAGAAUACACUAUACAUUGAAGCAAAAUUUUUGGUAGAAAAGUUGUUCCAAAUCUUAAAAUUAUUUGAUAAGUGUUAACAAUGAUAAAUUAUUUAAAAAGUGGUGAAAAUUAAUUACUGUACCUAUCUAAUUAUCCUGAAAUUUUUUAUAACAUAUUUUCAUUUACAAAUUCGAGAAAAUGCAAAAUGAAAUUGCAUGUAAUAAAAAGUAAUUUGUCCUAUAUGAGAUCAAAAAUGUACUGGUUGUGCUUUAUUUAAAACAUUUAUCAGCAUUUUCAAUUGUUCCUCAUUAGGUCUUUUUUUUUGGAAAACGCUUUCCUUUAUUAAAAUUUACCAAAUUGUUCAUAUUAUGUAUUGGUUUGUAAUAAACUUUUAUAAUUAUGUUUAGUCCGACAUUACAAUUUGAAGCAGCUUGGGCAUUAACUAAUAUAGCUAGUGGUACAUCAAUUCAAACGCAAGCAGUGGUAUCAGCUGGUGCGGUUCCAUUUUUUUUAAAUUUAUUAAACUCAUCCAAUCAAACAGUUUGUGAGCAAGCAGUUUGGGCCUUAGGUACUAUUGUUAUUAUUAUGUAUUUUUUUUUUGUGAUUUAAAAACUAAUAUAAUUUAUACAUACAUUUUUCCAGGAAAUAUAAUUGGUGAUGGCCCACAGUUACGAGACUACGUUAUUAGCUUGAAUGUGGUACCCAGAUUACUCUUGUUUAUAAAUCCUUCAAUACCUGUAACGUUUAUGCGAAAUGUGACAUGGGUUAUAGUCAAUUUAUGUCGAAAUAAAGAUCCACCCCCAUCACAACAAGUUAUAGAUGAAAUUUUACCAGCCCUUCAUUAUUUGAUUAAUAAUUCGGAUAUUAAUGUAAUUGUAAAUGUAUAUUUUAUUUAUUUAUCUGUAGGAAGUGUUAUUUGAUAAUUUUUUAUUAUAAUUUAUUCUUUUUUUAGAUCCUGGUUGAUACAGUUUGGGCUAUUAGCUACUUAACAGAUGGCGGAAAUGAGCAAAUUCAAAAAGUUAUCGAUAGUAAUAUUGUUCCAAAUUUAAUACCAUUGUUAUCACACAAAGAAGUUAAGGUUUGUGUUUAAACUUAAGUUGUAAUAUUAUUAAUUUUUAUCAAUUUUAUUUUAAACUCACUCACUUCUCUUUAAGUCCACCUCCUUUGCAUCUAUUCGCUUUAAGAACUUAGUAAUAGUUUUAUAAAUUGUUUAAAUUACAAUCAUUUGCUACAGUAAAAAAUUAUUUUUCUUUUGAUUAGGUCCAAACAGCUGCCUUAAGAGCAAUUGGAAAUAUUGUUACUGGUACUGAUGAACAAACUCAAGUAGUUUUGGAUUCUGGAGCAUUAUGCCAUUUUCAAGGUUUACUUUCUCAUCCAAAAGAAAAAAUAUGCAAGGUAUUUUUUAAAUAAAACAUUAGUAUAAUUUUGUUUUGUUAAAAUUUUAUUAUACCUAGAUAUUUUUUUUUUUUUAUAUAUAUAUGAUUAGGACAUGAUAUGUUUUAUUUACUGUGUAUUUCUACAGGAAGCAGUUUGGUUUCUUUCCAAUGUUACUGCUGGAAAUCAGGUACAGGUACAAUCUGUUAUUGACGCUGGGUUAAUACCUAAAAUUAUAAUGCAUUUAACUAAGGUAAAUUAAAUAAAAUCCAUAAAUAUUAUUUGUUACAUGAAUAUUUGUACUUAAAUAUUUCUUUAUUUACAUUUCAGAGUGAUUUUCAAACACAGAAAGAAGCUGCAUGGGCUAUUACAAAUUUAACAAUCAGUGGAAAUCGUCAACAAGUUGAUUGUGUUAUAAAUGCAGGCGUAGUACCUCCAUUAUGUUCGCUUUUGUCUUGUCAAGACAGUCAAGUUAUACAGGUUGUUUUAGAUGGUUUACAGAAUAUGCUUAAGAUUGCUGGUCCGCAUGUUGAUGCAUUGGCAAAUAUAAUUGAAGAAUGUGAAGGUAAAUUUUAAUUUAUUUUUAUAAUUUCUCUCUUGGUCUCCCUUUGUCUCUUUCCCUUAUAUAUUCAUAUUCCUCAUUGCUUCCUUAUUUUACUUUUAGGUAUACUAAUAUCCUAAAAUAAAAUUUCUCUUCCUCCAUUUAUUUCAACAAAAUGUUAUCUUCUAGUUAACAUAAUGCAAUCAGAUCUUAAAUAUUUAAAGCUAUCUCUCAUAUUUAUAACAUACAGUUAGUAUUCACUAUUUCCAAAAUCAUCUUUCUUUCUUUCUCUGUUUCACUUUUAUUAUUUUCAUAUUUGACUUUAUUAUGAUUCAUUGUUAUUAUUUAUGAGCAGGACUGGAUAAAAUUGAACAACUUCAAAAUCACGAAAGUGUUGAAAUUUAUAAAGUUGCUUUUGACAUUAUAGAACGCUAUUUUUCUGAGGUAAAAUAUUUUUAUAACAUAAUUUGUAAAUAAUUUAAUAAUAAUUUAAUUUGAUUUUCGUUUCUAGGACUCUGUAUCACCUUCUCAACCACCUUCUUGUUUUGAAUUCAAUCCCACCACUCCAACCACUGAAUUUAAAUUUUAGUUUUUUAAAUUAUCUUUUAUUUACAAUUGAGUGGGUGUGGCUCAGUCAGUAUAAUAUUGUACCUAUGACUUUAAAAUCAUUUGCGUUGCUUAUACCCAAUCAUGAAUCAAUUUAUACUCAUUUUAUUUUUAAUUAUAUUUAUCAACCAACACUUUAAAAAUUGCUAAAUAAAAAAUUUGUUGGCAAUGUAAACUGCCAUUGUGGGAAGAAGAUAGAGAAAAAAUUGAGCUGUUUUUAGAGAAAACAAAUAUAUUUAUUGUUUAAUCAUAUUUUGUAUUUCAUAAUUAAAUAUUUUUACAUUUCUUAUGAGAAAGCACUAUGUAGUUAUUAAAUUAAUUUAUUAACACAAAUAUUAAUUGAACUGAUCUUGACUGGUUUCAAGUAUUUCAUGUGUCUGUAAUUAACUUAAUCAAUCAAUUUAUUCUUAAUUAUUAUUUGCAACAUGAAUUUUUAUGCUUCAAUGAAGUCAGUUUUAUUAAAUACUAUUAAUUUUUUAAUUUGUCUGUGUAUUUGGAAUAUUUAUGUCAUUAUAUUGAAUUAAUAUAUGAUUAUUUGAACAAUUUUACUUGACAUUUUUGGUCAAAUUAAAUUAUUUUGUUGUGAUUUAUCAUUGUAAAGAAUUAUUAAUUUUUAUUGCAUAGAAAAAAAUUAUUGUUUAUUAAUUAUGAUUAAUUUGUGUUUGGUGUAUUACAAUUUCUAAUAUCUGUGAAUUAAAUUGAAUUGAUAGAAUAUCUUAUAAACCAUAUUAUAAAACACUAUUUAUCUUUUAAAAUAUUUCAAGUUAACUUUUUUUCCUUUUUUUUUUUUAUCAAAUUUUACUAACAAUUGUUUUAUUAACUAUAAAGUGCUUUAAAUUUAAUCCAAUUGGCAAUUCAUAAGUUAGAAUCUAUUUUGAAAAAUAAAUUUAUGUUUUGUAUACAUUUAUGUACAGCUCAAUUUCACUCUUGAUUGUAAAUUUAUACUAUGUAAAAUGUCAGUGAUUAUUUUUAAUGUAAUUUAGUAUAUUGUUAAUGAAUCCGUUUAUUUUAGAAUAUUGUUCUUAAAACAUGAUUUGAUAUCCGGUUCACAAUUAAUAAAUGACAUAAUGUAAUAAAUAAUUCAAUAUCAUAAGCAAAUUAUUUAUAAUUAUAAUUAUUUGUGCAACAAAAUUAAGUAGUUUUACUUUCAUAUUCAAAAUUGUAUGCAAAUCAAAAAAAAAAAAAAGGAAGGAAAAAAUACCAUGACAAUAUUGUAUGUUAAACUAGCACCUAUUAUACAAAUAUUACAAUUCUAAAAUUUUGUGUUGUAACUAAGACAUUGUGUACAUUGCAAAUUGUUUAGUUGAAGUACAUUUUUUGUUUUUCCAUUGAUCAUUGCUACUUUGCUCCCUGAUGGAAAUUUUAUGACCACAUCCAAUGAUCCUUCGUUUAUUUCAAUGUAAUUUAAAUAAUUGUUUGUUUCAAUAGUUAUGUUAUUAACAUUUAGCUUGUUAUCGACCUGUUUUUUUGAAAUAGAUGUUUCUUCUGAUUUUUGACAUUUUACACUUUUAAUGUCCUGUAAAACAAAAAUGUACAUAAAGGUACAUUCUAUUAAAUUAUUAUCAAUUUAAAUUUAA